AGCGGUGCCAGCGGUGCCAGCGGGCCCCUCGGUGGGAGUGUCUACGCGUUUCGCUGGGUGUCGUGCAGUGCAGUUGGAAACGCUCGCCCGGCCCGCCCAGCGACCCACAGGGAAUCAGUCAGUUUGUGUCGAACUCGGAGACUCGAACCGAGAACCACCAUGGCCUGCCCCGAGUUCGCGACGCUGUACACCGGCGCCAAGAUGCCCCUGCUGGGCUACGGCACUUGGCAGUGCGCGUCGGGCGAGCUGGAGGAGGCCCUGGAGGAGGCCCUGUGCGCGGGCUACCGCCACAUCGACACGGCGGCGGCCUACGAGAACGAGGCCGUGAUCGGCAAGCUCAUCAAGGAGCGCUGGAUCGACACGGACAACAUGACGCGCGACGAGCUCUUCCUCGUCACCAAGCUGCCCCCCGUCGGCCUGGUGCCCGGCGGCCCCGAGAAGUUCCUGAAGCGCUCCCUGGCUGCGCUGCGGGUGGACUACGUGGACGUGUACCUGGUGCACACACCCUUCGGCUUCGUGCCCAUCGAGGGCGGCGACGAGAUGCACCCCGUCGGCCCCGACGGCAAGAUCCCCAUCAACGGAGACCCGGACAUCGUCACCAUCUGGAAGGAGAUGGAGGCGCUCGUGGACGCCGGCCUCGCCAAGGCGAUCGGCCUCUCCAACUUCAACCAGAGGCAGAUCCAGAAGAUCCUCGACGUCUGCCGCAUCCGGCCCGCCAACCUGCAGAUCGAGCUGCACGUCAACAUGCAGCAGAAGCCGCUGGUCGAGUUCUGCAAGAAGAACGACAUCGUGGUGACGGCGUACUCGCCGCUCGGCAGCCGCGGCUCCAGCACGUUCCUGUCGAGGUUCGGCACCAAGGUUGAAGUCCCCGACCUGUUCAACAACCCCGUCAUCCUGGAGGUGGCCGCCAAGUACAAGAAGCAGCCCGGGCAGAUCCUGCUGAAGCACGUGGUACAGAGGGGCAUCGCGGCCAUCCCCAAGAGCUGCAGCCAGGAGCGCAUCAUCCAGAACAUCCAGCUGUUCGACUUCACCCUCAGCCCGGAGGACGUGGCCAAGGUGGACGCCCUGGACCUCGGCCCGGACGGCCGCAUCUUCGACUUCACGUUCAUUGGUGCACAGAAGACUGACCCGGCAUAUCCGUUCAACGAGUACCCCUGAGCGGGCAGCCGGCAGCCGGCGACUACCCACCGAGCCAUUACACCGACAGUAUUACUUCUAUUAUUGUCUCAACUACACAUCCACAGUUUGCUGACUAUUUCCUACACUGCGAUACUCUAUUCAAAAUACGGGUGAUAGCGCCUUUUUUAAAUGAUUUUUUUUAAUUAAAAGAGCUUAUUUAUUCGUU